AUGGGCUGUAGCAUCUGCAUCUUUGGGGCGUGUUGCGUGCGCGCUGACGGAUGCACGGAUAGCUGGGACUUGUAUGAGUUUGCCAUCUACGACACUGCCGGAGAGCGCAUCAUGACCAGCUCGAGAGCCUCGUCCGGCUACGGCAAAUCCAACACGGAGGGGAAGGCGUUGGAUUUCAAUACGGACACUUGGUGGGAAGGAGAUUAUGACAUUGGGAUGGGCUGCGGCUGCUGGGAGGAACACAAAGUCGGAGGUCAAUGGAUGAUUGUGGACCUGGGCGAGCCCAAAACCGUGAAGAACAUCAUGGUCAUCCAGGGCGGUGUCAAUGACGUCUGGGCCGUCUCUCAGGUGCAGAUAGAGUGCUCCCAAGACAUGGUCACUUGGGACCGAUCUCCGUUGCGUUUCUCUGUGUCCUAUGGACAGACGCAACUUCUUUGCAGCCAACAAGGUUGUGUGGUGACCACCUGCGAGUUUCGCUCCUUGGAAGAAUGCACAUGGCAAGACGCUUGCUCGCCUGUCGUGGCUGGCUCGUGCAGUUGGAAACUGGGUGCGUCCCUGUGGGCCCUGUGGGCCUUCGGUGCGCUGAGUUGGACAUCGUUUUAGAUGAUCAUUUCAUGAUGAUAAUCUGC